AUGGCAGCAGUCAUACUUCAGCACCAUACGGUGCGACAGACACCUACACCUCCACCAAUGGGAACGACAACUCUCAGUCUCACAGCGCCAUCAACCCGCAGCCAAACUCCAAUUCCUAAUAAACACUUGCCCAUUUGUCCCACUGGACCUGCCCCGGCCAGCUCCAAGCUCCCUGCUGCCUCUUAUUCAACUUCCACCUCAUCCUCAAGCAAACAUUUCAGUGUCCAGCAGUCAACAGCCCUGUAUCCCCCAGACAAUAGAUACCAUCAGAUAUACAGCCAUCCACCAGUAUUCUCAAUCAGCAGCAAGCAAUUAGCCAAUGCUCUUGAAGACCAAGCCACAAGGCCCCUUCCUGAUCCGUCCAAAUUGUUUCCUUGGCUUCAUGGGUUACACCCCGACAACCAGAUCCAGCUAUCGUUUUUCGUAUCUCGUCGUAGGACUCUACGGCGAAUACCAAAAUGCCUUAGGUCCAUUACUGUGGUGAAAGUUGGCGGUGACUUGACAAAGGCUAAGAUCAAAGGUGCUGUUUCUCCUGACGAAAUCCUGGCUGGAUCCAGUUUUAUCGACGCGGACCCCCCUGAAGGCUUUUCCGUGAGAAAUUUCCACAUACAGACUGCAAAACUUGCUGCUAUAUCAGACAUCAUUGUAUACGGAGAUGAUGACGUGAGUGAAGAAAGCAUCUUGGCUGUUGCAGUUGAUAUCUCUACUGCGCAGGAAGAAUGGAUGAGGAGGUAUGAUCCCGGUCAAGAGACAAGGCUGUUUAACACAUUUGUAGUAUCCAAUUCGUUUCAAGACAUAGAGGUCCAGUACCCGGAUAUAGUAGCCAUAAACCAAAAUGGUACCUUGACCGGCCAAGUUAUGGACUUUUUCCUUUGGGAGCGACUAGAAAUGUACAGUAUGUCCCAGGCAACUGAGAUGACGAAGAAUGUCUGGCUGGGCCCUUCCCCCGAUCUGAGUUACGACAUGGGUGGACCACCUAUCAGUCAUUACGACAUUUUUAUCGAAACACACGAUGGUGCAAGUAUACCCGAUACGAGGUACUUAGCGAAGAUAUCAUCACAACUCCAUAAAGGCCCGCAUCACAUUGAAUUUCCAUCAUCUGGUAGCAUUAUGGCAUCUUCAUGGAGCCAGCUUGAAGUUUAUGACUUUAUUGCUACUUGCAGAUGGAUAUAUCAACUUGCUAAUCCUCGCAAGAGAACGUCUCUGUCUGAUAAUAAAGACGGUGAUAUACCGAUAAGAUUAAUGACUACGAAGCCUUGCAAGAUUUUCAUACAUUGUGGUGAUGGAUAUACUGAAAGCUCGCUCCUUGCCCUGGCAUACUUCAUGUAUGCUGAAGGUGCCCCUGUCCAUGAAGCCUGGCUAAGGCUACAUUGUGAGAAAAAGAGGAAUUUUUUCGCCUACCCAUCUGAUGUCGCAUUCCUCUUAGGAAUACAACAAAAAUUACUAAGUGAGAGCCCGAAUCCAAGGGCUCGGCAAUUAACACAUCGGCCUAGUCCAAACUGGAUGACAAAAAUGGAUGGCUCUUUGCCCAGCCGAAUCUUACCUUACAUGUACCUUGGGAAUUUAGCUCACGCCACCAACCCAGAGUUGCUUUGGUCCUUGGGGAUUCGCAGAAUACUAAGCGUCGGGGAACCCGUGUCCUGGAUGGCUGAAGAUGUUGAAAAAUGGGGAGCAGAAAAUUUGCUCUAUAUCAAUGAAGUACAGGAUAACGGCAUCGAUCCUUUGACUCAGGAGCUGGAGAGAUGUCUAGCAUUUAUUGCAACACUAAUUUUCCGACAUCAGAUGCGGGUAAAUUUGAAGGGACGGCAACACUGGUGCAUUGCCGUGUUGGCGUCUCAAGGUCUUGCCACUAUAUGUAUCGCAGAGGUCAUGAAGUCCAUGAAUUUAUCAUUUCCGAGAGCCUAUUGCUUUGUCCGAGCAAGAAGACUGAAUGUUAUUAUCCAACCACAUCUUCGAUUUGUGUAUGAGCUUCUGAAGUGGGAUGAGAUCCUUCAGCAGAGAAGAAAUAACUCCUUCAAACGAGAUCUAGAAUGGCCUACCGUGUGUCGUGAAAUCGCUCUUUUGAACAAACCAUACUCACGACAAUAA